AUGCCUUGCUCCUCUUGUUGUUCCAUUCCUACCCACUCCCAACCGCCCUCUUGCAGCUCAUCUCCCACUCCGCAAGACUUGCCAGGGAUGGAACCAGAGCUGUCCAUUGCCGCUCUCCUUGAGGCUGUCACAGCCCUCACAGCCACAGUUGGGUCCUUGCAGGACCAAAUCAAAUCACAAGGCCAGCAGCUCAUUGAGCUCAAGGCCAUAUGCAAGGAAACCGCCAACCUCCUUGGCAACAAGGAUCAAGGAGGACAAGCCCAGCCUGGCCCAUUGACUGGGCCUGUCACCCCUCCUACCCACACAGGGUGUUGUACACCACUGUAA